CACACAUAUAUCGAGUGAGUGAAGUCCGAACGGUGGAGGUGGUCACUGCACACGAACGAAAAUCACGCGAAAAUUUACACACGAAAAAAGGUGAAACUGCAGACUGCGAAUCGCAACACGCAAACGGCCAAUCACGGAGUGAAAAUGUUUAUCGCCGCAACAAUCAAUAACAGCAAGCUGUUCAGGCUUUGAUGGCGCUUACACCAGCCGCCUCACCAGCAGCAGCAGCAGCAGCAGUAUCAGUAAAGGUGUUGUCAGUGUUGCCAUCGUCGACGUCGUCACUGCAGCUGCCGACGACCAUGGUGCAACGGGUAGUAGUAGUCGCCACUGCCGAUGCCACCGCUGUCGCCGCCGCCGACUCCACCCUUCACGGAUGAUACAGCCCGGACGGACGGACGGACGGACGACGACGGAUGAGGCCCGCCCGAAACGGACGAUGACGAGGAUGCUGGUGCGCCUCCUGCCCGUUGUGUGUGUGUGUAGUGUUUUGCAUAUGCCGUUGUUGUUGUGUUGUCCUUGCUGUUGGUGAUCAUGUUACAGCAGUGCCGGUUGGGGCCACUUUCUUCUUGCGCGUAAAACAAAGCCUGCCGAGGAUUGCACAUACUCACAACACUCUCCGUCUAUCUAUCUCUCUAUCUCUCUGUCUGUCUCUCUGUCUCUCUGUCUCUCGCUAUACAUCUGUGUUCCCGCUCCAUACUGCACCGGAUUCAUAGUUCGGAAAACUUCACCCACUUGGGAGUGUUGUGUGAGCGUACUGACGAAACGCCGACAAGUGUUUGUGCACGCGCGUGUGUGUGUGUGUGUGUGGGACAGUGGUCCAACAUUCCGGCAGUCCCGGGUGUGCGCCGCGAUUAGCGAAGUGAUUUGUGGUCACCGUUGUUCCUAAUAGAAAGGAAGUCGACAAAAGCUGGCAAUCGUGCAUGCGUGUUUGUGUUGUGGCACAUUCUGAUCUGAAGGAUAUCGGCGAAAACGAAGCAAAUUAAGGUGAUUUGAAAGUGAAAUUUAACUAGAAAAGUAAAACAGUACCAGUAUAAUACGUCUGGGACAUCCCAGGAGCGCGGAGGUUGUGGCUCGCUCGUCCUGCACCAAGUGCGGCGACUGGCGCAGAGAAAGAGAAGGCCCGUGGCCUGUUGUGUUGCACAGUGGCUUAGCAACCGCGGCCAAAUAGCCUACUCUAGAGUGUGUACUGGUGCCACCACUUUGUUGCACUCGCCAAAACAAAACAAAACAAAAAACGGUCCGGUGCGGCACACGUCUUAGCUGGCAGAAAGAAAGAAAAAAAAACCCAGCCACAGCAUAUCCUGCAAAGCAUAAAGUACGAGCAACGUGUGCGUGUGUGUGCGUGUGUAUAUGUGUCGUCUGCCCGGGUGUACGCACUGGUCCGGUGCCGAAGGCUAAAGCAUGUUCUCUGGCAGUUCGCAUGUAUCGAUCACGGAUGCGGCUGAUUACGAUUUCGAGAAUGCGGAAAAUGCGGCCAAAUGGAGGGGCUUGUUCAUCUCAUCGUUGCGGAAGGUGCUCGAGCAGGUGCAUCCUUCGCUGCAGGCCCGGGAGGAUGCGUUGCUGUACGUCGAGAGCCUGUGCCUGCGAUUGUUAGCGACACUGUGUGCGAAGCCACCGCCGCACACGGUAAUGGACGUGGAGGAUCGUAUCAUCCGUACCUUUCCGACCCCGAUCGAUAGGUGGGCACUGGGGGAGGCACGCGAAACGAUAGACAAGUCGAAAAAGAAGAAACCGGUGCUACCAGUUGAUCGUGUGCAUACGCUACUGCAGAAGGAGGUGCUGCAGUACAAAAUCGACAGUUCCGUAUCGCUGUUUCUGGUGGCCGUGCUCGAGUACAUAUCCGCCGACAUCCUGAAGCUGGCUGGGUACUAUGUGAAGAACAUACGCCACAUCGAAAUUACCCGCGAGGACAUCGAGGUCGCCAUGUGCGCUGACAAGGUACUGAUGGACAUGUUCUAUCAGGGCGAAAGCUCCAACUCGAUGGCACCGAGUCCGCUUCCACCGACGCCCCGCGCCAGCCUCAGCUACGAGGAGGUCGUAAAGGAACUGAUCCACGACGAGAAACAGUAUCAACGGGAUCUGCACAUGAUCAUCCGAGUAUUCCGGGAGGAGUUAGUUAAGAUAGUUAAGGAUCCAAAAGAGCUGGAUUUAAUAUUUUCCAACAUAAUAGACAUUUACGAAGUGUCGGUGACGUUGCUGGGAUCGCUCGAAGAUGUGAUAGAAAUGUCCCAGGAGCAAACGCCACCGUGUAUUGGUAGCUGUUUUGAAGAACUGGCAGAAGCGGCUGAAUUCGACGUGUAUGCAAAGUAUGCAAAGGAUAUUACAUCGGUGACGGCGAAGGAAGCGCUAGCCAAUUUGUUAGCCCGACCGGAGGUAGCCAGUUCACUGAUGUCAGCCGGGCAUGGUUUCAAGGAGGCGGUCAAAUUUUACCUACCAAAACUACUAUUAGGGCCCAUCGGGCAUGCGCAGUUAUAUUUGGAUUACAUUAAGGUUUUACUACAGCUUAGUCCCUCGCAGGAGGAUAAAGAGAGCUUUGAGCAGGUGCAAGGGUUGCUGAAACCGCUGCAGUGCGAGCUGCAGAGCAUUUCAUCACUCCUGCCGAAAGAAUACUUUACGCGCGUGAACAGCCGUGCACGGCGGCAGUCGGCGAUCGAGAAAACGCGUGACCUGCAAAACACGGUCGAGCACUGGGACAAGGACGUGGGCCAGUGCUGCAACGAGUUCAUCCGGGAGGAUACGCUCGCGAAGCUGAGCUCGGGCAAGCGGCAGACCGAGCGGAAGGUGUUCCUGUUCGACGGGCUGCUGGUGCUGUGCAAGGCGCGGCGCCAGAUAGUGCCGGGCAACAACUACGACUACCGGCAGAAGGAGCGGUUCUUCAUGCGCAAGGUCGAGAUCAUCGACCGGCCCGACACGGACGAGCUGAAGCACGCGUUCGAGAUUUCGCCCCGCGAGCAGCAGAGCGUUGUACUUAUCACCAAGAACGCCCAGCACAAGAACGACUGGAUGGCGGACCUGAUCAUGCUGAACACGAAAUCGAUGCUGGAGCGCAUACUGGACAGCAUCCUGCUCGACAUCGAGAAGAAGCACCCGCUCCGGCUGCCGAGCCCGGACAUGUACAAGUUUGCCGUGCCGGACGGGCCGUCGAACAUCGUGCUGGAGGAGCGCGAGGGCACGGGUGUGCCGCUGAUCAAGGGUGCGACACUGUGCAAGCUGAUCGAGCGGCUGACCUACCACAUCUACGCCGAUCCGAUGUUUGUACGCACGUUUCUGACCACGUACCGGUCGUUCUGCUCGCCGAAGGAGCUGCUCCAGCUGCUGGUCGAGCGGUUCGACAUACCGGAUCCGGCCGUCGUGUACGAUCCGGCGGCGGAAAAGGAGCUGGCCGGCGACACGGACAAGUUCCACAAGAACUCGCAGCGGGAGGACUGGAAGCGGUACAAGAAGGAGUACGUGCAGCCGGUACAGUUCCGCGUGCUGAACGUGCUCCGGCACUGGGUCGAUCAUCAUUUCUACGACUUUGAGCGGGACGGCGAGCUGCUCGAGUCGCUCGAACGGUUUCUGGAGACGGUGCGCGGCAAAUCGAUGCGCAAGUGGGUUGAUUCGGUGAUGAAGAUCGUUCAGCGGAAGAACGAAAGUGAAGACAAUCACCGGCAAAUAACGUUCGCGUUCGGGCACAGUCCGCCGGCGAUUGAGCACCAUCUGCCGCUGAACGGUGAGAACGAGUUCAACCUGCUAAUGCUGCAUCCACUCGAGCUGGCGCGACAGUUGACUCUGCUGGAGUUUGAAAUGUACAAGAAUGUCAAACCCUCCGAACUGGUUGGCUCGGUGUGGACGGGGAAGGAUAAAGAAACAACUAGUCCUAAUUUAUUGAAAAUAAUGCAUCACACCACUAAUUUUACACGCUGGAUCGAGAAAUCGAUCAUUGAGGCGGAAAACUUCGAGGAGCGCGUCGCGAUGGCGAGCCGCGCGAUCGAGGUGAUGAUGGUGCUGCAGGAUUUGAACAACUUCAACGGCGUGCUGUCGAUCGUGUCCGCCUUCCAGGGGGCGGCCGUCCAUCGGCUCAAGCUGACGCUGGAGGACAUCCCGAAGCGCCACCAGCAGGUGCUGGCCGAGUGCCGGGAGCUGAACAAUUCGCACUUCAAGAAGUACCAGGAGAAGCUGCGCUCGAUCAAUCCGCCGUGCGUGCCGUUCUUCGGCAUGUACCUCACCAACAUACUGCACAUCGAGGAGGGCAAUCCGGACUUUCUGCCCAACACGGAGCUGAUCAACUUCUCCAAGCGGAGGCGGGUGGCCGAAAUAACGGGCGAAAUACAGCAAUAUCAGAAUCAGCCGUACUGCUUAAAAGUCGAUCCUAGCAUAAGGAAUUUUCUAGAGAAUUUAGAUCCUUUUAAAGGAAUGAGCAUCACGGAAAUUCAGAACUAUCUGUACGAGGAGAGCAAACGGAUAGAGCCGAAAAACUGUCGCCAGCCGUUGAAAUUCCCCAAAAAAUGGCCGGACAUUUCGUUGAAGUCGCCCGGCAUUAAGCCGUCGUCGAGGCGCAACAACAGCUCAGCCAACUCGUCGAUGACGCUGCCGGGCACGCUGCCGUACAGCAAAACGUCCCUACUGGCGAAUAGUGACACGGGCGAACAGUCGCCGCCGGCUUCCUCCUCCUCGUCCGUGCACGACUACUCCAUCUUCGCAUCGGUCAACAUUCACUCCUCCUCGUCCGGGACGUCCUCGCUCUCGUCGCUCUACUAUCAGCAGCAGCAGCAACACCUACAGCAACAGCUUCAGCAGCAGCAGCAGCAGCAGCAUCACUCUGGUUUCUACCACGGCCAGCAGCAGCAGCAGCAGCAAGGUGGCGGGGUUGUCGCUGGCAGUAGCAGCGGCUCGUCACAGUACUCACAUCACGGCAGUGCGCACCACCAUCCACACCAGCAGCAGUACCUGCCGCAUCACCAUCCGCAUCACCAUCACCAUCACCACCACCAUCCGCAUCACUACCAUCCGAGCUUCUCGCAGUCGAUCGCGAACCUGACGACGGCCGGCGGGGACAGCCAGAUGGCGCCGGAGAUACCGCGCCGCUCGGACAGUAUUAUACUGACCAACACGAACCAGCUGCUGGCCGGCAGCGGCUGCCUGUCGGAGAGCAGCGGUGGCAGCUACAACGGCGGCAAGCUGCUGCCCAGCCCGCGCUACCCGUCCGCCUCGAUGACGACCCUACCGUCCUCGUCGUCCUGCUCGGCGGCGGGCACUUCCGGUGGCGGUACCGGCGGGAUGGCCGUCGGCGCCUCCAGCUACUCGAUCGGGGGCAGCCUGUACAGUGGUUCCAGUAGCGAAGCAUCCGGCUACGGUACUGCUAGCUCAGUGACGUCAUCGUCGGCGGCCAGUAUUGUUUCAAUGUCGCACAACGAUGCUACGGUGCAGCAGCAGCAGCAGCAAGGGUCGGCGGUGGUGAUCCCUCAUCCCGACAUUCCACCGGCAAUCAGUCCACGCACUGACAAACCACAACCAUUGCAUCCACCACCACCACCUCCACCGUCCCUGCAGCAUGCAGCUAGUGCAAGUCCGGGAGCUACCGCGGGCAGCGGCAGCAGCAUCGCCGGCUCCUCAAUACUGGCCAACAUGGCAGCGGUAGGAACAUCCAUCGCCAACAGUACUAGCAGUAACUUUAGACAUAGUGCAUCCAAUUCUAUCAAAAAUCAAAACUGUGAUUUUACUUACACCAUCCCGGGCGGUGGUGGUGGUCCCACGGGCAGCAGUGCGAGCGGUGCCCCGCCACCGCCGACCAAUUCCAGCGGACGACCGUCGUCCUGCGAGCAUUCGCCCGUCUAUCCUUCCAGCCCGAAAAUCCAGCUCCAGCAUAAUCAUCCCACCGCGGGAGCGGCUCUGCCACCUGUCUGCCCGCACCACCAUCAUCAUGCCGCCUAUCAUCAUCACACCGAUGCGGCGGCUGCGGUCGAUGGUGGUGGGCCGGCGGCCAAUUCGAUCCAGUACAACAGCAGCGUGUCACCUUCCGCCAGCAGCCACCAUCCGUGUCACCUGUGUGCGGGCGGUGUGGACGCAGGCGGCAGCUUGUCGAACAAUGCCGACAUUGGUCCGACACCGAUCUCACCGCACGUCAACGUACCAAAUACGCACAAUGUGCUACCACCCCCGGCGCCUCCACUACCUCCUAGGGCUAAGCGAAAAGAAUCUUCCAUGGAUUCGACCCAGUCGUCGCAGAUGCGGCAGGCGCCGGACGCACCGACGCUACCACCGAGAGACGUUAGUCCGCCGCCACUACCGCCUAGGAUUUACACACAGUCGUCACACUACCAGUUCGGAGUGGCCAGCCAGACCGGCACGACGCUGCUACUUAACUACACGCAAAGUCCGGGUGUGUGCGGCGGUGGUGGUGUCACCGGUACCGGCAGCAGUAGCUUUCCAAUGGACACCUCCAACUGGAACCAUUCCUCAUUCCAUGCGAAGGAUGAAUCGACGUCUUCGUCCUCGUCCUCGUCGACGCUAACGCGGGACAAUUUGAACCAGCACAAUCAGCACAGUGUCGGCGGCACGACGGCAAGCAGCAGCAGCCAGAACAGCAGCAGCAUGGAGCAGCGGCUGCUAAUGCUACCCCAUACCAGCACGAUCAUGAUGCGGCGCAACUCGGCGAUGGAUCGGGCGGCGAAGGAAAACAUUCCCAACAUUGCCACCUCGAGCUCGCUGUCCGGGCUGUCGACGAUCGCUGGCGGCAGCGCGGGUGGUGGUGGUGUCGGUGGAGCGAACGUGGUCCCGGGCGUUGGGGUCAGUGGCAGUGGAUCGACAAUGAACUCUAGCGGCGGUCCCAGCGUUUCCGGUUCGCUCGGCAGCAGCGGUGCGUCCGUCGGCAGUAGCCCAUCAGCGGUGAAGAACAAGUCGGUGCAGAACUCACCCAUCUCGGGGCAGGCGCAGCAGCCGAAUGUACUUUGCCGAAGGGCCAGUACAAACAUUUCGCCCCGCUUUUCGCCCGGCGAAACGACACCAAAACUACCCCCCAAACCGAAACAGAACAGUAUAAGUUCAGAUCGUACAAUGUUUCCCUAUCCCAGCACGAACUGACCCAACGGUAGUCCCGGCGGUGGACGCUACUUCAUACGCUAGCCCGUUACAACACCGGUGCAAAUGGACCCCGCAUGGACGACGGUACAAACGUGACAACAACAACAACUUUGUGCUGUUGUGCUGUUUCAAUUGAAUUGAGAAGGAAUAACGCUUACACAAAGUGUUGAAGUGGAAUGCUGACAAAAAGGGGAUCAUCUCGGGGCGCCUUCUGCGCGCUUUAGUUUACACAAGGGACGGGCCAGUGGUGGUGGUUUUGGUGUUGUGGAACUGGUAUUAUUUGUUGAUGCCAAAAACAUCUCAAUCCGUACGAACAUGCAUAAUGAUUCGCAUUUUACGAAUGUGUGUGCCAUAGAGCGGAAGUUUCUUACGCCCCAGAAGUUUCCGUUUUGUUUUGUCUCCUGUUUCAAUUUGACCUUUUAAUCUUCCAGCUGCUGCUGUUGCCCGGUCAAGAGUACCCCUCCUGCAGCUUUUAGUUUGAUUUUGUCUUAAGAAAAAGGGAAGAGUUUUUAAUGUGUGACUACACUUUGCGCCGACGAUGUGUUGUGCGUGGCAAUGGUGGGAAAAAAGUAUUAAUUCGUUUGAAAUUGGCACGCCACAAAAAAGUGCCGCAUGACAGCGACAAAAGAACACAUGAUCGCUACAGGUAUUGGAGGCAUUGUUUAGUGGGUUGAUAGAGAUUUGAACUAAUUACACCUUACCUAUCACAUACAUGUUGGUAGUACUUGCACAUGGUUGGUUAAUAAUUUUUCAGUUCCAAUUUCAAGUGCCACGUCGAAAGGAAGCUGCAUGGAAUGAUUUGGAUUGAAGCAAAAUUGUGCUGUCACAUUUGGCGUGUUACCUCUCUGUCUGUUCGAUGAGGAUCACAUAGUAGGCAUUUUUUUUUUAAAUUGUAAAUCGAAGACGCACUGUAUAGCUGGAAUGCAGCAAAAAAAAACAAUACAACAAAACAUUACAAAACAAACAUUAGUUCGUUCGUGCGCACGUUUUGAGCUCGCUCGUGCAGCAGUGUAAUGUUGCUGUAGUGUAAGCGUAUAAGAUGAAGAUGAUAUGCAUUAUAUAGCACAAAAGGGAAAAAAGAACCAUGUGAAGAAACAAAAAUACACACAGCCCCACAUAAACACAUUUUGGAACAGAUAGAGCAGAUAAUUUGAUUGUUGUGUAAUGUAGAUGUUUUAUAUGGAUGAUUAAAAGAAGAAAAAACAAACAAACAAACAAACACACUAUUCUAGCAGGAUAUAGAAAGAGAGAGAGACAGAGGGGUAACUAGAAGCAGGAGAAAGGAGUAGUGUAACACAAGUUGUUGUGUGGUGUGUAAAUAUGCUUUUUGUGCGACCGGAACGGAUCGAACCAUUCACCGAGCUAUUAGAGUGUGGGAGAAAGAACAAACACUCAUAACAAAAAAAAAAACAAUAAAUGUUACUACGUUAAGUAAGUAAUACACCGCAAGCGAACCAAA